UGUUUGCUGUAUCCUGUAUGCUGAUAGCUGUUUGCUGUAUCCUGUAUGCUGACAGCUGUUUGCCGCUCGCUGUCUUCUUGUUCCUCGUUUCCUGUUUGCUGGUUCCUGUUCACCCGUUUUCCUGGUAUCCUGUUUCCUGUCUCCUAGUUCCUGCUCGCAUCAGACGUUACUCAGAGGCCAUGACGCUGCCAGACUCCUUCAUCCAGCACCAGCAGCUGGACGCCAGCAUGGCCGACACCUUCCUGGAGCACCUGUGUCUGCUGGACAUCGACCAGGAGCCCAUCACCGCCCGCAACACCAGCAUCAUCUGCACCAUCGGUCCUGCUUCCCGCUCCGUUCCCAAGCUGCAGGAGAUGAUCAAAGCCGGAAUGAACAUCGCAAGGCUGAACUUCUCUCACGGCUCACACGAGUACCACGUGGAAACCAUCAAAAACAUCCGCCAGGCCGUGGAGACCGUAACCUCUGACCCCUUGUACUACCGACCGGUGGCCAUCGCCUUGGACACGAAGGGACCGGAGAUCCGUACUGGACUAGUCAACGGGAAAGUGGAGGAGGAGGUACAGCUGCAAAAGGGCAGCCAGGUCCGGGUGGUGACUGCAGAGUGUGCCAAGGACUGCACAGACGGGAAGACCAUCUGGGUGGACUAUCCCAGCCUGCCUCGGGUCCUGAAAGCAGACAGCAAGAUCUACAUCGACGACGGCCUCAUCGGACUCAAAGUUCUGGAAACAGGUCCGGACUGGGUGGAGGCGGUGGUGGAGGCCGACUGUGUGCUGGGCAGCCGCAAAGGGGUCAACCUGCCCGGCUGCGACCUGGUGGGCCUGCAGGCCAUCAGCCAGCGAGACGAGGCCGACCUGAGGCUGGGCGUGGCCCAGGGUGUGGACAUGGUCUUCGCCAGCUUCAUCCGCUCCGCCCAGGACGUCAGGGACGUGAGGCGGGCCCUGGGGGCGCACGGGAGGGAGAUCAAGGUCAUCAGCAAGGUGGAGAGCCGGCAAGGGGUCAACAACUUCCAGGAGAUCCUGGCUGAGAGUGACGGUGUGAUGGUUGCCAGGGGCGACCUGGGCAUCGAGAUCCCUGUGGAGAAAGUCUUCAUCGCCCAGAAGAUGAUGAUUGGUCGAUGCAACUCUGCUGGCAAACCUGUCAUCUGUGCCACUCAGAUGCUGGAGAGCAUGGUGUCCCACCCUCGGCCCACCAGAGCAGAGGGCAGUGAUGUCGCCAACGCCGUGUUGGACGGAGCCGACUGCGUGAUGUUGUCUGGCGAGACGGCCAAGGGUCUAUUUUCUGUGGAGGCGGUGGCCAUGAUGCACUCGAUCUGCAGGGAGGCAGAGGCGGCCAUUUUCCACCAGCAGCAAUUUGAGGAGCUGCGGCGUCUGACUCCUUUGUCGUCGGACCCCACAGAGGUGACCGCCAUCGGGGCCGUGGAGUCGUCCUUCAAGUGCUGCGCGGGGGCCAUCAUAGUCCUCACCACCAGCGGCAGGUCAGCACACCUGUUGUCCAGGUAUCGCCCCCGCUGUCCAAUCAUUGCCGUCACCAGGAGCCCGCAGGUGGCGCGUCAGUCCCAGCUGCUCCGGGGGGUUUUCCCUGCCCUCUUCCACCCGCUGCCGGCCCCCGUGUGGGCGGACGACGUGGACAACCGGGUCAACUUCGGCAUGGACAUAGGCAAGGCCAGAGGAUUCUUCAAGUCCGGAGACAUGGUGAUCGUGGUGACCGGCUGGAUCCCCGGCUCGGGACACACCAACAUCAUGAGGGCCGUCCACAGCCUGUGACCAUCCGCCCAGGUGCCACCUUCCACCUGCAACACCCGUGCCAGCAAGACUCCGGACCAGAAUGAACGUGUCCGCUCUGUUGCAAAAGGAAUCUCUUUGUGGAGUCUGGCAUUUCUUCCAGUCCCAGUCCCAGUCCCAGUCCUCCGUCUUCUGCGUUGUGAGCGUCGGGCUUCAGUGCGAUACUUGUGUCCGCUGAGAUGAUAUCAACACACUGCUCCUUAAAGGGCUCCUAUUAGGACUUCCUUGUGGUCUACACGUUGUUCCUCAACCAUAGGGCCAGGGCCCGUUGAGGUUUAGGUCAGGCUGAUUACAAAAGUAAAAGAACUAGGGAAAAAUACAUUUAGUGAAAGAAAUCAACUAAGUCAAUUCAUCAUGAAAAUAUACCAAACUGUCAAUAAAAUGAAAGUGCAAAUA